AUGGAACAUCUGAAAAUUUUUCCGCGUCUCGGGAGAACUCUACUAGUCAUCACUGUUUUUCUCAUGGCUUUCCCCCCGGGAGUCGCCAAAUGUCAAAAGCAACGGUACCAGAAACCUCAGUUGGAAAAGGUGGGGGAGGGAAAUCAAAAGACGCCGAAGGUGCGGAAUCGCCUGUCUGGCACUCUGUCAUCCGGAGAUGUCCGCACCUUCAGUGGAAUACGAUCGGUACUUCACAAGGGUGGCGACGGUAUCAAGUAUAAGACCCAACGCCGUGAUUACACAACAACCAGUAAGCCCACAGGGGCCCAGUUCCUCACGGCGCAGACAGCCCAACUUGAAGAAGGGACACAGCAGGAUAAAGCGAAUCAAACCGACAUCAAUAUUCGGGUGUAUGAUAUGAGAAAACAAAAGGAAAUUAACAAAUUUCGUCAGUCGACGGGUGUGUAUUUGGUCAAUGCAGUCCCAGGCAGCACAAAGUAUCUGGAAUUUGAAAGCAGCACACGUGACGAGAUAAGUGUAGUCACACAGCUGCUGAGCAACCGCUACGACACGGACGUUCCCGCUGACAACUGCGUGGGUUACUUUGUGAACGUGGAAAUACGCAACAGCAGCGAAGUGAAUCUGACGGCACUUACCACGCCGAAAGACCCUCCGGCAGUAGGUGAAGAAGAUAAAAACGGUAGCAGCACGAGUACUCAUGGGGGGGAAGGUGAAAACUACGAACUGGAGGGAGGUUGGAAAUUCCUGUGGAGUGUCAUUGCCACAAUGCUCGACACGAGCAGCUUUUGUGAUUUGCUCCCGAAGGUUAUGCUGCGUGUCGAGCCAGAUCCGGAGCCACAAUCAUACGUAGUUCUAUUCCAGUCGCAUAUCGGGAUGGGUUUGGGCUCUCAGCGCAGGGGAAAAGACUGUCUACUUAGGGUGUUUGUCACGCGAACUCCCAAAGAAAGGGAACGCCGUAUGCAAAAUACCUUCGCUCUGGGCGUUCCACUCCUCAUCCUGUUGCUCAUGGCACCAAUGACCUUCAUGCAUGCCCACUUGCUGCCAGACUUCAUGGCCGACAUUGAUGUGGUGUUCUGGUUGAUAUACCCGGCAGUGGCAAUGAGGAAUGGACUAGCAUGCCUUUUCGUGUACCUUUAUCGAGUGUCGCGGGAGGCGUACGUCGCGCGGCGGGAGGAGCGGCGUCAGCGUCAACUUGAGGAGCAGCACCGGCAGAUCAUGGAGCAAGAAGCCCUUGUAUUGGCAGAUGUGACCAUGAACAAUGUAGACAAAAACAAUAAGGGUAGUAGCUCUAACGCCAAGCUGUCCCAUCAGCCGCUUGCUCAUAUGAGCCAGACACCGCAGGGAGCGGAGGAGGGAUUUGAUGGGGCAGAAGGCGGGGCACAUGCGGAAAAGCAUAAAAAACAAGAGGGAUGGAAUGCUAACGCUGACCAGAGGAACAGGGAGGGGCCAAGCGGGGCAGCAGUUGCUCAGGUAGAACAUGCACCACUGCUCUCCUCCAGGAAGGCAUUGACGGCAGAAGAUGUUGUAGUAAUGGACGACAUGGUUGACAUGGAUCUGGACGGCGAUGAUGAGGCCCACGGUGGCUUGAGGCGACCACUCAUAACAGGUCAAAAGAAAGUGAAGAAAGCUACGGGUAGUGUUGAGGGAGAGUUUGCGGGUUCCACAGUGGGAGAGGGAUCGGCACCGGCAACCAGGUCGGAAGAAGCGGACGGCUCCAACGAUGCUGAACCAGCUGCGGUAGUUGGGCAAGGAAAAGCCGUCUCAACUCGCUCUGCAGUCAGUGGGGGUGCGCCGGCAAAAAGUGAUUGUGAGGAGGAGGAUGACGAGCGCAUCUGCCGUAUCUGCCGUGACGAUGAAACCGACGAAAAACUUAUAUCCGCAUGCGAGUGCAUAGGCUCUGUGCGUUGGAUCCACGUCUCCUGCCUCGACAGAUGGCGUAUUGAAAGCACCAAACGGAAUCUUCACAAUGUGAACUGCUGCGAGAUCUGUAAAAAGCCUUUCCACGUCCCUAUAAGCCGCCACGCACAGAUCAUGAGGAACUUAAAGAGUGUGAGUCGCGGUCUGCUGCUCGUGUUCAGCAUCAUAUUUACAUUUAUCACGGCCACUAUAGGCCAACGCGUGACGCUUGGUGAGAUGACCUGCCGCACGCCGUGGCACACUGUCUCUUAUAGCACCAUGUUUGAGAUCGACGGAGUUGUCCUCACCGUAUUCAUGCAGUUUACGCUGACGAUGCUGGCGGUCUAUGCGUUCGCACUAGUGAGCGCCCGCUUCCACGCGGACCCCGAAACACUGGAGCAUCUUCUGACCUUUCAGACCUUCCCCCCCUUUUGGACGAUGCGAAACACUGGUAUGAUAGUGUUGAUUUUUGCAGGAGGGGUUCUGCAAGCCCUAGCACUUGGUCUCCUAACCAAACUCUUUAUUUACCGCACGAGCAACAUUGUGUGGUCAUGGGAGGCGUCGCCCUGCAUAGGAGCGGUACUGUUCCUGGGAUACGUGGCGAUGGGAACAUUGGUUUCUGUCAAAGUCCAUUCUUGGGCACAGCGCAGGCGCCUACGGCAGGCACGUCGGGUGCAGGUACGGAACGUAGAAGAACAGGGGGACCAGCAGCGGCAGUUGCCCUAG